AAAAUCUGAGAGCCCUUCAUUCCCCUGGUUUUCAUCUAGCUAAUGGAAGCAGGGAGUGAUGGGAAUAGAGGCUUGUGGGGGUGGAAAUGGGAGCAUAAAAGGAGGAAACAGCAGAGUAAAGCAUCGAGAUCCUCUGAGUCAGCAUCCGGGGGUGGCGGUUACCGGUUCCCUUUAAAGCAAGCUGUGACCGCAGGCUCCCUUGCUCUUACUGGUGACGCAGUGGCUCAAGUUACAGACCGGUGGAGAAAGAAGAAGCCAUCCAAAUCACUCUCCUUUCACGACGACGCUUCUCACAAUUCCAACGACAGUUCGGUCAGGUUUUUUUUUCAUGUUUUGGAAUUUUGAAAUGAAAUAAAUUUAACCACGUUGUUACGUGUGUUGUUUAUUCAUCCAGCAGUAAAAGUAAUUAGUUUAUUUUAAAGUGCGUUUUUGUGGAAGAAAUAUUUAAAUAGUUUUUAAUAGUUUUUUUUUAAAAAAAAAACAUGAUUAUAUAUUAUUUUUUAUAGUUAUCAAACCAAUUCCUAAACUAAAUUCAACUCUACACACGAGUUGAAGAUUAGGUGGUUCAACCUGUGGAUAGGUGGGAUAGGUGAGUCUCGUGAGAGAGCUAUAUAAUAAUUUUUUAAGAAAUAUUCAAGGGAGAUCAAAACUAGAAUAACUUUUUUAGGGAGGACCAAAACUUAAAUUUUUUAUUUCUUGUAGUGGGCACACAUAAAACAUGUAUAUAAUCUUAGAAAAAUUUACAUUUUUUUUGCCAUGACGGGUCAACUCUUAUCUCUUAAAACAUAUCAUUUUAGGUGUGUUUUCUAUGAAACAAUAUAGAUUAUAAACUAGAUAUUUUUUUUAAAAAAAUGAAAUUAAUUUAGUUGGGUUUAAUUGAGUUAAUUCUUAACCUGGUUUAAAAACAAGCUCGAAUCAUGUUUCAAGUUAAUGAGACACUGGAUUAACUUUAAUAAUUAUAAUUUAUUUAGAUUAAAUGUAUUUUUACAAAAACACAAGUACCAUAAUAUCAAACUAGUAGCAACUCUACAACUACUUUGAUAAAGUCAAAUGUUUCUAAGUCAAUUACUUACUAAAUGAUUUGUUGAGUUGUUGGAGUUUGAUUGGAUCAAUUUCUAUUCGAUUUAACAUCAAAACUAACCUAAAUGGGUUAACUGCUAAAUUAAACUUAAUAACACUACAUGUAAUCGGAGGAGCUAUGGAGGUGAACAUAUGUGUCAUAAGUUUUUUAUCUGUUUGUCUUAAAAUAAAGUUUGUUUUUGCAAUUUAAAAUGUUUUUUUUAUGAUUUUGAUGUGCUAAUGUAAUUUUUUAUUUAAAUAAAAUAUUAUUUUUAUAUAUUUUACAUUAAAAAUUAUUUUUAUAAAAACACCAUCCAGAAACACACAAUAAGUCUUACCCAUUUCUCUCAUUUUCAGACCAGCAAACGAAGUGAUUUAUAUUAUUGGCAGUUUCUGCCAAGAACUUUUGCAUUUUGCUUUGAAUCACCAAACUAUGUAAUUUGUAAAAAGGAGAGCAUGCAGAUUUUAUUUUUGUUUACUACAAAGAAAAGAAAAAACCGAAGUCGUGAUACACAUGUGCAUAGAAAGAAGAUAAACACUGGACGCCCAUCCUUUAGUGGAUGUUACCACCAAUCUAGUCAGCAAAAUAAAAUUAUUGCAAGACCUUAUCCAUUCUUUGUAGCUUGUCCUUGUAGUGAUCACCCAGCUUGAUAAGUGAUAACCCAGCUGCGUCGACCCACCGCAUCUGACAUACAAACUACAAUUGUCUGUCCACUAGGUAGUCGCAGGUAACCCUAAUCUUCUUGCAAGUUUCAUUCGAUGAUGGCGUGUAUUCAAUUUCUUCUUCUCUUUUGUUCUUUUAUGUACAUUUUCAAUAUCAACCCAUCUUGUGCUCAAAUUCCCAAUUCACCAAUUAGGUCUCUUGUUCUUCCUGUGACCAAAGAUCCUGCAACCUUUCAAUACUUGACCACAAUUUAUCAUGGCACCUCUCGAGAACCCAUCAGGGUUGUACUUGAUCUGGGGUGUCCAUCUCUUUGGCUUGAUUGUUCCUCAGGACGCCUGUCUUCAUCUAGGCGUCUGAUUCCAAGCUGCUCAAUCCAGUGCGCAGCAGCAAAGCCGAACAACAUGAGUUGCGCCUUCUCUGCUGCUAUGCCUACACGUAAACGUACCGCUUGUGGUCUCUCCACAGAGAACAGCGUCACACGGUCAGCAACAAGAGGUGAGCUUGUAGAAGACAUCUUGACCGUCCAAUCAGUUGACGGGUCAAAAUCAGGUCAAGUCACUACAGUAGAUCACUUUCUCUUCUCUUGCGCACCCAGAUUUCUUUUAAAUAGGCUAGCGAGGGGUGCCCAAGGAAUGCUUGGCCUCGGUAAGUCGCGAAUUGCUCUUCCAUCACAGCUCGCUUCGAAAUUUGGGCUCCAGAGAAAAUUUGCAACCUGCCUAUCAUCUUCAGAUGGUCUCAUUUUAUUCGGCCAUGAGCCUGGUUACGACUCAAUUUUUGGCACAGAAAUUUCAAGGUCACUAAUGUACACACCUCUAGUGACUAGCCCAGAUGGCAGUGGCAGCUCACAAGAUUAUUCCAUCAACGUGAAGUCCAUCAAAAUCAAUGGCAAGCGAUUGUCUCUAAGGCAAAAGGGUAUUGGUGGAGGCACAACAAUAAGCACAACUGUGCCCUACACCACUUUGGAGAGCUCAAUAUAUAGCACCUUUAUUGAAGCUUACAAGGAGGCUGCUACUAAUAAUUAUUUCCUGAACAUGACAGUUGUGGCACCUGUGGCACCAUUUGGUCUCUGUUUUAGCUCAAAAGAAGUUCCUAGCAGCAUGUUGUUGGGGCCAGUGGUUCCUGCCAUUGAUCUAGUUUUGCAAAGUGAGAUGGUGAAGUGGAGGGUGCAUGGUAGGAAUGCGAUGGUGCCGGUGCUUGAUGAGGUUAUGUGCCUAGGUUUCUUGGAUGGUGGCUUCAAGUCCAAGACCAGUUCCUCAAUUGUUAUAGGAGGGUUUCAAUUAGAGGAUAAUCUUUUAGAGUUCAAUUUAGGUACUUCCAUGUUAGGAUUUAGUUCAUCAUUGUUGACUAGACAUACAUCUUGUUCUGAUUAUCAUACUAGGAUGAUGCAAUCUACAGUACUUAAAGAUUCCUAGUGAUUCCCCCGUCUUCAAUUUUGGUGUCUCCUCUUGUAGUUACUUCAAUCCAUGGAUUUUGCCUGUUACAGUCAAUAUCACUAAUCUCAACUAAGCCUAAGUAUAAAGAAGUCAAGUUUUGUUAUUGAGAUUUUUAUGAAAUAAUGUUCUCUUAUCUUA